AUGGCCCUGAACCCAAGCUUGGAGGAUACACAACCGGUUGACUUGUCUCCGGUCGCUAAGUCCUUGGAGAAGCAAUUCGAUGAGGCUGUCUCUGUCAGUCCUGCAGAGAGAUCCGAUGUUUCUUCUGUGUGCCUUGAGGAGGAGGCUCUGAAGAUGCCACCCGAUGUCCCGGGCCAGGCCACGCCAGGCAAUGAGGAACCAGCUCCGGAAGAUGGGAGACCUUCUGGGGCCAAUGAGAAAUCCGAGAAGGAGGCUCUCAAGAUGCCGCCCGAUGUCUCAGGCCAGGCCACGCCAGGCAAUGAGGGAACAGCUCAGGAAGAUGGGAGCCUUUCUGGGGCCAAUGGCAGCAAGAGCCCUGGCCAACACGAGGACCUCUUCCAUGACAUGACAGAUGUGAGUCGGGAGCAGCAGCUCGAGGCUCGAGAAGCCAUGCAGGCUUCGGGACCGGAUGAUGACGAAGACGAAGAAGAGGAUGAUGACGCGAAGCCGAUGAAAAAGCCAGCGGCUAAGAAGCCCCAGCCGAAAGUCACAAGUGAGCCCAAGAAGAAGGGUUGGCCAAAGGGCAAGGCCAAAUCCAAACCCAAAGCUGGGAACGCAGCAAAGCCAGAUGACAUUCCAGAGGCCAAGCAGAAGGGUUGGCCAAAGGGCAAGACCAAAUCCAAACCCAAAGCUGGGAACGCAGCAAAGCCAGAUGACGUUCCGGAGGCGGCAGAUGCUGCGGCGAUGACGCCGGUUAAGAAUGAGGAUUCGAAGCCGAAGGCUUCCGGGAAAAGACAGGCCCCGACGGGCCCCACGGAUUCGAGCAAGCCGAAGAAAUCCAAGCAGGGCGACAAAGCCUCGCCAGGUGAGGCCGAGGAGCCCAAAAAGCGCAAGUGGUCGGGUGGCUCUGAGAGGCAGACUUUCGCGGGCAGGCGUUGCCCAGAAGUUGAUCCGUACCGCAUCAAGAAGUGGACAUUCAUUAAAAGUGCUUUCGCCAAGCAGAUCGCCACAAAGAUCCCCAAGCCUUCUUACCUGGAGGUAGGAGACGAUUUCUGGAAGUUCUGCCUGGACAAACUGAAGCAGAACCCGGCAGAGGAAGACCUCGAGCGCAUGUGUGAUGAGUGUGCCAUUAACUUCCUGAAGACCAUAAAGAUUAAGAAGUGA